AUGACUGUGUCACCAGAGGAAUUUUUAUCACGUGAUACCGAAUGGGAUUCGAAUAAUAUUACCAAAAGAGAACUUCAUGGGACCAAAAAUCUUGAUACGAUCAUAAACGCGAAGUGUAUUGGAACAGAUUAUUCGUACAAACAUGAAAUAGUAUGGAAAAACGCCAUUGGAUUUUUAAUUUUACAUAUACUCGGCUUAUGGGGCCUAGCCAUUGCUCUAACUGGAGGGAUUACGUUCAAAACAUUUAUAUGGUUCGUAAUCGUAAUAUUCUUUGCAACGGAGGGCGUUACAAUAGGCGCUCAUCGAUUAUAUACACAUAGAACUUUUAAAGCAAAGCCGGCUUUAAGAGCUAUUCUACUAAUUAUGCAAACCAUGGCAGGACAGAACUCAAUGUUCAUCUGGUGUCGUGAUCACCGCCUUCACCAUCGCUACUCCGACACCGACGGUGAUCCUCACAACUCUAAACGUGGAUUUUUCUUCUGUCAUAUUGGCUGGCUCAUGUCGAAAAAACAUCCCUACGUCAUUGAGCUUGGGAGAAGAAUCGAUAUGACUGACUUACAAGCUGACUGGAUGGUUAUGUUUCAGAAAAAAUACUAUUACUAUUUGUAUUUAAUUUUCGCUAUUCUAAUACCUGCGUGGGUGCCCGUCCAUUUCUUUGGUGAAUCUUGGCUAAACUCUAUCCUCUUCGUCUACGUUUUCCGCUACAUCUUCGAGCUCAAUGGUACAUGGCUCGUCAACAGCGCUGCGCAUCUCUGGGGCACAAGACCUUUUGAUAAGAAUCUCCAACCCGUGGAAUCCUGGUUUGUGUCAUUCAUCAGCCUGGGCGAGGGCUGGCACAAUUACCACCAUGCAUUCCCCUGGGACUACAAAUGCGCUGAACUCUCAGAAUUAUUCAAUUACUCUGCAAAAAUCAUAAAGUUCUUUGAAACUAUUGGAUGGGCAUCCGAUUUGAAAGUCGCUUCUCCGGAAUUGGUUAACAGCAGAAUCUCACGAGCCGGUGACGGCACUCACUACAAAUUUGGUAACGAUGAAGCAAAGGCGGCUGUGAAAGCGAUAGGACCGCUGCACCCUUUGAACCCCUCCUACAAUGUCACCUAUGAUCCUCCUUCUGCUGUAUUGAAACAAGAAGGUCUUCCACUUUACCACGAAAAGGACAUUUUCAAUUUACAGAAUAACACCUUGAACAGCAGAACAAGUGUUACCGGCUAA